AGGAAAGGAAGCAGCUGAGCGGUCACGUGAGCGGGGGAACCGCAACACUGUAGCGAGCAUGUUGCUGCUGGCGGCGCUGCUGGCGGCGGCGGGCGGCGGCCGCCGGGAGGUCUCCAUGCAGUACAACCCCGGCUGGAGCAACUCCUCGGUCAACCUGCUGCACGUGCGGGCGGCGGGGCCGCGCGACACCCUGCACUACGUGUGGAGCAGCAUCGGGGCACCCACCGCGCUGCUGGUGGCCACGGGCAGCCCCGGCAGCGCCCUGCGCAUCGACUGGGCCCGGCUGCUCUCGCCCGCGCCCGCCGGCGCCGUCCGGAUCGAGCCCCCCGGCAGCGUCCUCUACUCCACCGCCGUCGUCUUCACCAAGGUGUUCGAGUACCGCGAGGCCGGCAAGUCCGGGGAGCACUUCUACCCGCCCUACGACCUCUCCGGCUUCUCCUGGGGCAGCGUCAACGGGACCCUGAACCACACGGCGCUGACGGCCGAGUUCCUGGGCGUCCCGGCCUCCGACCCCGGCGGCAGCUUCUCCAACGGCAGCCUGGCUUUCCGGGUGACGGCCUACGAGGCCGACGGGCGCGACGGGCCCCUGCCCAGCCUCCUGCACACGGCCAACAGCUCCAAGGUGGAGUUCGUCCUGGCCGGGGUGAGGCCGCGGGGCAACGGCUCCCGCUUCGCGCUGGAGGUGGCGACGGUGGAGGAGCCGGGGGCGGCGCGGCGGCUGCGCUCGGCCCGCUCCAUCGACGACGAGUACACGCCGGCCGUCUUCGAGACGCUCUCGCUGGCGGCCGAGGCCCGAAACGGCAGCGCCACGCUGAGCUUCCUCCAGUGGAAAGCGACCGCCUACGGCUCCCGGAGCCCCAGGCGCGAGGACGGCAUCCGCUGCCGCCCCCGCGGCCUGCACGCGGCCAACUGGACUCUGCCGGCAUCCGCCCUCGUCCGCGCCUACUUCGGCGAGGGCCUGGGCAGCGCCUACACCGUCAGCGCCAUCAACAUCUCCUUCGGCGGCGAGGACGGGGAGGUUUACCAGGAGAAGCGCUACCUGAGCUGGUCGGCGCUGCUGGGCUUCGGGCAGCCCCCCCAGGACGCCUUCUCGCCCCUCGUCAUCUCCAUCGUGGCUGUGGCGCUGGGUGCCCCCGUGGUGCUGCUGCUGGUGGGCAGCGUCGUGGUCCUCUUCGCCCGGCGGAAACGCUACUCCGAGUACGAGCCCAUCAACUGAGCUGCCCCGAGGGACCCCCGGGACCCUCCUUGGCCCCGCGCGGGGGGCCGCGGCUGCCUGCGACGCCUGCGAACUCAGCUCUGCCCCCCGGGACCGGAGCAACGCUCGCUGCAGCCGCCUGCGGUGCAUCCCUUCCUCCCGCUGCCCGUGGCCUGGACCCGAUCGCGCCUCUCCCUCCGCUUCCCUCAUCCGCCUCCCUGGGAAGCAACUGGAGGAGGCGGUGGCUGCUCUGAGCCGGGGGGAAAGGCUUUCCCUGCCCUAAAGGGAUAAAACCACUGCUGGCCUGUCCUCGGCCAAGCGGCCGGCUCCGCUUGGAGGGCUCUGAGCCGGGAGCGGGGCUGGCGCUGGCACCGCUGCCCCUGGCACAAGGUGCCACCGGGACCGGGGAGGGCUGAUGUGGCCUCGCGCUCGGUUACCGUGGCCCUGGGGGGGCUGCGCCGCUCGGUGCUCCCGGGGCACCGCGGGGUGCUCUGCGUCUUCGUGUUCUCAACCACUGAUUGUCUUGGACCAAAUAAAAGGGAUUUCUAAGA